UAUUUACAAAUUUCUUGCAGAGUUGGAAACAUGUUCCGGGGGGCUUAUAAGGUUUUGACUUUAUUAAAAUCAAAAGAUGUCUGGUUUAUGAAAGGGUUGAACAAAAGCAGACUGUUCAGUGACUUUUCGGACAAAGGUGGCAAGGGUAGUGGCGGUAUAGACGCUUACCAUGUUAAACUUUUGCAAGUCAACAAGGGAAAGGAGGCCAAGAUCAUGGAGCUAACUGCACAAAUCGAGUCCCUGGAAAUGCAAAUAAAAGCCCUUGAAAAAACCAAGUCAGCUGAAGCCCAGGCUGCGAUAGGAGAACUUAUGGUGGCCCUUAAAGAACUCAAAAGUGCCCUCCGUAAAUUAAGAAUGAAUAAAUAGUAAAAAGUAAUAAAGUCUUAAUGUUUCCCAACUCUA